AUGGCUGGAUGCCAGCCUCCACCACCACCUCCCAAUAAGAAGCGCAAGGCCCGUCGUGGCAGUAAGGGAAACUUGGCCAACAGAAAGGCCAAGAAAGCUGCGAGGAAGGCCGCGAAACAAGCUCUCCUCGCGAAACAAGCUCUCCUGAAGGGGGUAGAGACACCGGCCUCUGGCGGAGGGGUCGACCCCCCCGCUCCCCUCGACAACACCUCCACCACGGCUGAAGAAAAAGAGCUCCACAAGGAGGCAGAGGCUUCGGCUUCUAGCCGGAAGGGCCCUGCACCCGAUACCACCAAGGACCUCCCAAAGGAGGCAGAGACCGCGUCUUCCGGCAACGAAGGCUUGCCCCCCGCCCCUCCGGUAGGCCUCGCCAUUCUUCUCAUCCUUUAA